GAAGUUGCCAGGGACAGAAAACAUGGCAGCCAGUGGGAAGACGAGUAAGUCUACACAAAACCAUGUCAUCUUCAAGAAGGUCUCUCGGGACAAGUCGGUGACAAUCUACCUGGGGAAGAGAGACUACGUAGACCAUGUCAACCAAGUAGAACCUGUGGAUGGAGUUGUGUUGAUUGAUCCUGAGCUCGUCAAGGGGAAGAAAGUUUAUGUCUCUCUGACUUGCGCCUUCCGCUAUGGCCAGGAAGACAUCGACGUGAUUGGCCUGAGCUUCCGCAGGGACCUGUAUUUCUCUCGGGUCCAGGUGUACCCUCCUGUGGGGGCUGCGAAUGCCCCCACAAAACUGCAGGAGAGUCUGGUCAAGAAGCUGGGGGCCAACACCUACCCCUUUCUGCUCACGUUUCCUGACUAUCUGCCCUGCUCAGUGAUGUUGCAGCCAGCUCCACAAGAUGUGGGAAAGUCCUGUGGGGUCGACUUUGAGGUCAAAGCAUUCACCACAGACAGCACAGAUGGUGAAGAGGACAAAAUUCUCAAAAAGAGCUCUGUGCGUCUGCUGAUCCGUAAAGUACAGCAUGCUCCGUCGGAGAUGGGCCCUCAGCCCCGAGCUGAGUCAGCCUGGCAGUUCUUCAUGUCGAACAAGCCCCUGCACCUAGCAGUCUCCCUCAGCAAAGAGGUCUAUUUCCAUGGGGAACCCAUUCCUGUGACGGUGACUGUGACCAACAACACAGAGAAAACAGUGAGGAAGAUUAAAGCAUCAGUGGAACAAGUGGCCAACGUGGUCCUCUACUCCAGCGACUAUUAUGUCAAGCCAGUGGCCAUGGAGGAAACACAAGAGAAAGUGCCCCCAAACAGCACUUUGACUAAGACGCUGACCCUGGUGCCCCUGCUGGCGAACAAUCGGGAGAAGCGGGGCAUCGCCCUGGACGGGAAGAUCAAGCAUGAGGACACGAACCUCGCCUCCAGUACCAUCAUUAAGGAUGGCAUAGACCGGACCAUCCUGGGGAUCCUGGUGUCCUACCAGAUCAAGGUGAAGCUCACGGUGUCAGGCUUUCUGGGAGAGCUCACCUCCAGUGAAGUGGCCACCGAGGUGCCGUUCCGCCUCAUGCACCCCCAGCCCGAGGACCCAGUAAAAGAAGGUUUUCAGGAUGAAAAUUUGGUUUUUGAGGAGUUUGCUCGCCAAAACCUGAACGAUGUGACCGAAAUCGAGGAAGGGAAGAAAGACAAGGAGGAGGAUGAAUGAAGAGGCGGCCAGGGAGCAGGAAAUGGCCUGGAGCUACCAGGCGACCAGCGGAGCCCCAGAGUUACCCUUUAGAACCACGCUAGAGAUGAA